CAAAAAAAAUUUCAGAAUAGUGAGGUAAUUACUGUUUUGUCUCCCUUCCCCCCUUUCACUCUACCACUUUUAAUUUUUUUUUUCCUCUUCCACCAACUCCGGUUCUGGUUCCGGCGGGAUUUCAUCGUGUUCCGGGAUCUCAGAUCCGAGCAUUGCUGACCAUGAGUAGCUUGGUUGAAAGGCUUCGUGUCAGAUCAGAUCGGAGGCCAAUUUAUAAUUUAGAUGAUUCAGAUGAUGAUUCUGAUUUUGUGCGUGGAAAAUCUGGGAAAACUGAAGAGAAGCUUGAACAAAUAGUCAGGACUGAUGCGAAAGAAAAUUCAUGUCAAGCCUGUGGAGAAGGUGAGAAUCUUCUGAGUUGUUCAACAUGUACUUAUACCUACCAUGCCAAAUGUUUAACUCCGUCCCUAAGAGGUCCUCAUCCUGACAACUGGAGAUGCCCUGAAUGUGUUAGCCCUCUUAAUGAUAUUGAGAAGAUACUGGAUUGUGAAAUGCGUCCCACAGCAGCUGAAGAUAGUGAUGCUUCGAAACUGGGUUCAAAACAAAUUUUUGUGAAACAGUACCUUGUAAAAUGGAAGGGAUUAUCUUACUUGCACUGCACUUGGGUACCUGAGAAAGAGUUCCAUAAAGCCUUCAAGUCAAAUCCUCGUCUGAAAACUAAAGUGAACAACUUCCACCGACAAAUGGCCUCAAAUAAUAGCUCUGAGGAUGAUUUUGUUGCCAUUAGAUCUGAGUGGACUACUGUUGAUCGAAUUCUUGCUUGCAGGGGAGAAGAGGAUGAAAAGGAAUAUUUUGUGAAGUAUAAAGAACUUUCCUAUGAUGAAUGUUAUUGGGAGUUUGAAUCAGACAUAGCUGCAUUUCAACCUGAAAUUGAAAGAUUUAAGAAAAUCCAGUCCAGGUCUCACAGAGCUUCUGACAGUGAGCAGAAGAGCAGCCUUCGAGAAGCUGCUGACUUCAAAAAAAGGUCAAAAGAAUUUCAACAGUGUGAACAUAGUCCAGAAUUUCUUUCUGGAGGUUCGCUUCAUCCAUAUCAGCUUGAAGGGCUGAACUUCUUACGUUUCUCUUGGUCCAAACAAACACAUGUUAUACUUGCUGAUGAGAUGGGUCUUGGUAAAACCAUACAGAGUAUUGCUUUUUUGGCCUCUCUUUUUGAAGAGAAUUUCUUUCCUCAUUUGGUUGUAGCACCACUAUCCACCUUACGAAACUGGGAACGAGAAUUUGCUACAUGGGCACCUCAAAUGAAUGUUGUUAUGUAUGUCGGCUCUGCCCAAGCUCGUGCUGUUAUUAGAGAAUAUGAGUUUUAUUAUCCUAAAAAUCAUAAGAAGAUCAAGAAAAAGAAAUCAGGUCAAAUAGUUGGUGAAAGCAAACAAGAUAGGAUAAAAUUUGAUGUCCUCUUAACAUCAUAUGAGAUGAUCAACUUGGACAGUGCAUCACUGAAACCAAUAAAGUGGGAGUGCAUGAUUGUUGAUGAAGGCCAUCGGCUCAAAAAUAAGGACUCCAAGUUGUUUCUUUCACUGAAGCAGUAUACAAGUAACCAUCGCGUGCUUUUAACUGGAACUCCUCUUCAGAACAAUCUGGAUGAACUUUUCAUGCUCAUGCAUUUCCUUGAUGCGGGGAAGUUUGGAAGUUUAGAGGAGUUUCAGGAAGAAUUUAAGGAUAUUAGUCAAGAGGAGCAGAUUUCCCGGCUUCAUAAGAUGCUGGCCCCACAUCUCCUGAGAAGGGUGAAGAAAGAUGUCAUGAAAGAACUCCCUCCAAAAAAAGAACUCAUUUUACGUGUUGAAUUGAGCAACAAGCAGAAAGAAUAUUACAAGGCUAUUUUGACUCGUAACUACCAAAUACUUACCAGACGUGGAGGUCCACAAAUUUCUCUUAUUAAUGUGGUUAUGGAGUUGCGGAAGCUCUGUUGUCAUCCUUAUAUGUUAGAAGGGGUUGACCCAGGGAUUGAAGAUACAAAAGAAGCUUACAAACAGUUCCUGGAAUCUUCUGGAAAGUUGCAAUUGUUGGAUAAGAUGAUGGUAAAACUUAAAGAGCAGGGACAUAGAGUUCUUAUAUAUUCACAAUUCCAACACAUGUUGGAUUUAUUAGAAGAUUACUGCUCUUAUAAGAACUGGCAGUAUGAACGGAUAGAUGGAAAAGUUGGUGGAGCUGAGAGGCAGAUACGAAUAGAUCGGUUUAAUGCCAAAAAUUCUUCGAGAUUUUGCUUUCUUUUGUCUACUAGAGCUGGUGGCUUGGGAAUUAACCUUGCAACAGCUGAUACGGUUAUCAUAUAUGACAGUGAUUGGAAUCCCCAUGCUGAUCUACAAGCAAUGGCAAGAGCUCAUCGACUGGGACAAACAAACAAGGUAAUGAUAUAUCGGCUUAUAACUCGAGGAACCAUUGAAGAAAGGAUGAUGCAGAUGACUAAGAAGAAAAUGGUUUUGGAACAUCUUGUUGUUGGCAGGCUAAAGGCCCAAAAUAUUAACCAGGAAGAGUUGGAUGACAUCAUUAGAUAUGGCUCAAAAGAGCUAUUUGCUGAUGAAAAUGAUGAAGCUGGAAAAUCUCGCCAAAUUCGUUAUGAUGAUGCUGCUAUAGAUAGAUUACUUGAUCGCGAACAAGCUGGAGAUGAGGAGGCUUCAGUGGAUGAUGAAGAGGAAGAUGGAUUUUUGAAGGCCUUCAAGGUAGCAAAUUUUGAAUUUAUUGAUGAAGCAGAGGCUGCCGCAGAGGAGGAAGCGCGAAGAGUUGCCAUUGAAGAUAAAUCUACAAUGAGCAGUUCUGAAAGAACAAGCUAUUGGGAAGAGUUGUUAAAAGAUAAAUAUGAAGUCCAUAAAAUAGAGGAGUUUAAUGCUUUGGGAAAAGGAAAGAGAAGUCGUAAGCAGAUGGUAUCUGUUGAAGAAGAUGACCUUGCUGGUUUGGAAGAUGUAAGCUCUGAUGGGGAGGAUGAUAACUUUGAAGCUGAAUUGAAUGAUGUUGAUACUUCAUCUGGAAUGCAAUCUGGGAGAAGGCCUUAUAGAAAAAGAGCUCGUGUGGAUAGCGCAGAGCCAAUUCCUUUAAUGGAGGGCGAAGGAAAAUCAUUCAGAGUACUUGGUUUCAACCAGAGCCAGAGGGCUGUGUUUGUUCAGAUAUUGAUGAGGUUUGGAGUUGGGGAAUAUGACUGGAAGGAGUUUACACCGCGGUUAAAACAGAAAACUUUUGAAGAAAUAAGAGACUAUGGUACCCUUUUCUUGACUCACAUCUCGGAAGACCUAACUGACUCACCAACAUUUUCAGAUGGGGUACCAAAAGAAGGUCUUAGAAUUCAAGAUGUACUUGUUAGGCUCGCUACCCUGAUGUUAAUACGGGAUAAGGUGAAGCAUGCCUCAGAAAAGCCCAGCAAUCGGCUUUUUACAGAUGAUAUCAUCUUGCGAUACGCAGGGUUGAAGGGUGGAAAAUUUUGGAAAGAGGAGCAUGAUUUAGUAUUACUGCGUGCAGUUCUAAAACAUGGAUAUGGGAGAUGGCAAGCUAUUGUUGAUGAUAAAGACUUGAGGAUUCAGGAGCUCAUUUGUCAAGAGUUGAAUCUUCCCUUUAUAAAUCUACCUGUCCCAGGUCAAGCUGGACCUCAAGUACAAAAUGGUGCUAAUACAGCAAAUGCAGGAGCAACUGGCAACCAGAUUCAGGGAAAUGAUAUGGGGAAUGAUGCAGGAGCUGAUGUUGCCCCAGGGGCAGCAGGUUCUGGGAACCAAGCACUAUAUCAAGAUUCUUCUAUAUUAUAUCAUUAUAGAGAUAUGCAGAGAAGACAGGUUGAAUUUAUUAAAAAAAGGGUGCUUCUUUUGGAAAAAGGGCUCAAUGCAGAGUACCAGAAAGUAUAUUUUGGUGAUGUAAAGUCAAAUGUGCUAAUGAGUGAAGAGCCUGAGAGUGGACCAAAGGUUGUAGACACACCAGGUGCAAGUUCCUCAGAUGUAGAUCUCCAAGUGAUUGAUCAGUUACCUGAAGUAGAAGUAAUUGCUUCAGAGGAGAUGGCAGCAACUGCUUGUGAUGAUGAUGCGGAUCGAUCAAAGUUGGCUCAGCUUUACAAUGAGAUGUGUAAGUUAGUGGAUGAUAAUGUUCAUGAAUCAGCUCAGACAUGUCUCAAGUUGAAGAACUUCCAGCCAUUGGAACAGAUCAGUGGAGAUAUAACUCGGAUUCUCUCUUCCCCAAAGUCUAAUCCCCAUUCUUCAGAGCAGCCUAUAGUUCAUAUGGACACACCAGCGCAGGCUGACUCACAGAAUACCAUGCCAGGGACUACUUCAGUACCUCCCCAACAAAAUGACAGCAAACCUGAUAUUGUGGCCGAUACUGACAAGAAGGAUUCUGGAGCAGAAUCUGAAUCAGAGAAAGCUGCUGUGGUGGCAGAUGUUCUACUGGAGGACUCAGAAGAACAAGAACCGCUAAAGGAUUGUGUUAAAGCAGAGGAUUCAGAUUCAGACCCCAGUUCAACUAAAGAAGGCACUAAAUCAUCAAAUCUUUCUGCUUCUACAGAUUUGCCCUAGAUGGAGUCCCAAUGGAAUAAUGCCAGUAGCAAAACUGAUGCUGAUGCCGAGGAUGGGUGCACGGAGCAUUCUGAAACAGGGUUCGUCAUUUUAGACAAUGAAUGAACACAAAUAAUUUCUAGAGUAUCAAAACAUUGAAUAUUUUCCCUUUUAAGGGUUCAGUUUACGGUAAAAACAGGUACAAACUGGAGACUUUGAAAGCCAUCAUUAACUUUAUAAAGUUGCGUUCAUAUC